AUGGUUCAGGUCCACGGUCGCCAUGAACAACGGGUACGACAACACCAUCAGGUUCAAGGUGACUUGGAGGCGGGGGCCGGGGACGGGCAGAGCAUUGGGGAGCAGGGGGGGACUAGAGAUGCCGAGGCUUCCCGGGAGGACGAGUUCUUGCCCAGCUUUGAACCAAUAUACAGUCUUGCUGCGGGGCCUGGUAGUGGUAGUGGUAGUGCUACUGCAGGUGCAACGGCAGAUGCCACUGCACCUGCUACUGUCCCUGGUGAUGUCUACGAUGAACACACGUCCGUGGAGCUCCCCAUCUAUUCUCUACUGAACAUGAGGUUGCGGAACUCGAAUCUACCCCGGAACACCUGCAUCCUGUCCUCCCUCGAUGUCCAGACGGCGAAAGCGGUCCUUCAACUGGCACAUAGACACUCGUUAACGAACCCACAGCUUGUCUUCCAAGACGUGCUGUUUGAACUAGUGGACAAGAGAGGGUCUCACGUUGCACUGGAGUGUCUCGACGACGGCGUCUCGAAAUCCCUACCACAAAUGACACUCACCCCACACGACUCAGUGUCCCUCGUGUACAGGUUACCACCCGUGGAGCGUGCCAUCGGACAACUAGCUGCUCAUAGACAUCGCGCCCGAGUGGUACUUCGGUACUCUCUGCACACACUGGAGGGCCACACAAUACCCAUAUGGACUCAAUGGCACACAGACAUCACGGUGAAACCCGUCGGUAGACCACUGGGGAUCAGCAAUAACACGCUGUCGCGGGUCUCGUCGCUGUCGUUGGCCUCGACGCCGCGAUUCCAUAGGACUUUGGAAAGCACUGUACCGAUACCGUCGUCGUCGCCUCCUCCAAUGCAUAACAUCCGGUACACGUUCCUCAAGGAGUCAAUUCAAGUACAGCAAUGCGACCAGUUCAUCCUGCGUGUCCAGAUCACGAACCUGUCCCCCACAGCGUCGAGGGACCUCGUCAUCUACUACAACAACCACACGCUGCCGGAUUCGCACGCUGCUGCUACAAACCUGACCCUCGAGCGACAGGCGACCCGCCAGAGACGGCUAGCAAGACACGCAGAGGGCAUCGUGCUCCUCUCGAACGACUACAAGCUGCCCGCGUUGCACCCGGGGGGAACACACCUCGUGGACUUGCAGUUCGUUGCCGUCCAGAGGGGACACUACGCGAGACUCCCGGGGCUCAAGUUGCUGGACCUCCCGACUGGGGACACCGUCGACAUCGGCAACGGUGCGUCUGUGCUCGUCGAGUGA